AUUGAGGGAGGACCGUUUCUUCUUCCUCUUCUCUUUCUCUAUAAAACCGGUCCCUCUCCCCUCUCCUUCCUCACGUUUACACACAACUCUCCACUUCCCUUGCUCUUAUCCCUGCCGAAUUACCCUCUCUCCUUCCCAAGACUUUCACUCUCUCACCAUGAAGAAGACCAUCUCCAAGGUCUCCAAGAUCUUCAACGGCAGCAAAAAGCCUAAGGAGGAUGAGAGUGUCUCUUCCAUCACCCCUGCGCAAUUGGGGGAGAUGAGGGGAGUCAUUCCUCCUGAUUAUGGCGUCCAGGAAGCCGUGGGUAUUACUUUGGAGCGCAAUCCUGACAUUUCCCGCCGACUGGUCAUCCACUAUGACUCGGUUAGGAUGGGAUGCCGCUUUCCUCUCCAUCCCCUCUUGAUCGAACUUUGCAACCGCUACGCCAUACCUCCCGGUCAGAUUUCCUCGAACUCCCACGAGAGUCUUUUUGGCUUCUUGGCGCGGUGUCACAAGAGAGGCAUCCAACCCACUCUGAAGCUCUUCCUCUCUUUCUUCCGUCCACAUAAAUAUGACAGUGAGUUGGGCCGGGGAUACGUGAGUUUCACGGCCCGGACCGAUAAGCAGUUUUUGGACGGCCCUGUUGACAAACUUGAUGACUGGUUCCGGCGCUUCUUCGUGGUGGUAGUCCCGGAGAACCUCCCCUUCCCCAAUGUGUGGCGAAAGAAGGAAGAUAAAUUUCCUUCUCAUACCUUUCCUCCGCGUGACUCGGAGCUUGAUGGGAUCUACCGUCUCCUUCUCAAGAACGGCUAUCCGGUUCCCCGAGCGCUUCUCUUCAAGGAUUCAAAUCUCCGGGGUCUCGGAUAUUGGGUGUCCCCUGAUACUCCUCUUCAAGAGCCGUCGGGAAACACAACUUCCUCUUGGGUUCCUCCUUUCAGGAGCACCCGACUCCGCCGGCGAUCUUCUCGAAGGGAUCCUUCCCCGGAGGAGGACACCGAGGGCGAAGAGGCUGGAUCCGUGACCGGGACCCAACCUGUGCUACUUGCCGACCACCCUCAUCUUUCGAAAGAGGUGGCAGUCGAGGAAGUUUCUGACGACGACGGCCUCUACGACUUCCCUCCCGGGACCUUGAGGGGGUCCGGUCUUAUCCCCGGUGUUCCCCAUACUCCUCUUUUUGGCAGGGGGGCCCCUCCUUCUGCCCAGUUCAUGGGCCCGUUGGGUUCCCAUCCUCAACUCACUGGGACCUUUCCCAUUGGGCGCACCACUGGUUCACAGGGUGUUAGAAUAAGUGACCAACGCUAGAGGGGGGGUGAAUAGCGUUUGAUCGUAGAAAUCGCAGGAAUAAAAAAUUAAGAACGUGAAAAAAUAUUGGCUUCUCAUCGAUGUUUAGACUCAACCAUCGCUGGUAAGCCAAUUUUCCUUCAGUUUUGAAGUCAACGGUCGCCUACCCAUCGAUGGGUACAAGCUUCCCAUCGCUGGGUGGGAGGUUGACUUCCAAACAAGGAAAGAAUCAACCUUUAAUGACCACCAACGGUCAUGCCUUCCCAUCGAUGGUAUACCCUUACCAUCGCUGGGUUCCCAUCGAUGGGACAGGUUUCCCAUCGCUGGGCAAGGUCGUUCUGCCUUGUGUUAAUUUUGCACCAAGGCUUGAACAGCGAUGGGUAGAACUUCCCAUCGCUGUUUGGCAUGGUUCUGGAAAUUUGUUUGGCUAAGGGACCGCUUACCCAUCGAUGGGAAGAUCUUCCCAUCGCUGGGUGGGUGGUUAGUCAGGAACCCAUGGUUUUUGCCUUAACCACGGCCUAGCCAACCGAUGCGAAAACCGACCGAAAAAUUCAAAGUUCUCCAAAAUAAAAACCAAGUGUUUAG